CACACACACACACACACACCUCCACCUCAAUAUUAGCUAAAGAGAAUUAUAACAAAGAUGUCUCACCCUCGUUAUCUUCUACUGCCCUUGAAUUUGAUCACCAUCACCUUAGCCUUGCUCUCUCAAAGAUCUCAAGCCCAGCUGAGCCCCUCCUUCUACGACUGCACCUGCUCCGACGUGUCGGCGAUCGUUCGCAGCACGGUGCAGCAGGCGCAGACCUCCGACCCCCGCAUCUACGCCAGCCUCACUCGCCUCUUCUUCCACGAUUGCUUCGUCCAAGGUUGCGACGGGUCGAUUUUGCUGGUCGAUAGUUCGACGAUUCAGAGCGAACAGGAUGCGCGACCAAACAAGAACUCGGCUCGAGGUUUCAACGUCGUCGACGACAUCAAGACGGCCGUGGAAAAUGCUUGCCCAGGAGUCGUCUCCUGCGCCGACAUUCUCGCUCUCGCUGCUGAAGCUUCAGUUAACUUAGCCGGGGGACCGUCAUGGACUGUGUUAUUGGGGAGAAGGGAUAGCACCACUGCAAACUUCACUGCAGCCGGCAAUCUCCCCGGCCCCUUCGAUAACCUAACCACUCUCCAAAAGAAGUUCUCCGACGUCGGCCUCCAUGACAUCGAUCUCGUCACAUUAUCAGGAGCUCACACAUUCGGCCGAGGCCAAUGCCAGUUCUUCAGCAAUAGUCGGCUCUACAAUUUUAAUGGCACCGGGAAACCAGACCCGACCCUAAACUCAACCUACCGAACUAUACUGGAGCAAAACUGCCCCCAAGGUGGGAACGGAUCGGUCCUGAACAAUCUCGACCCGAUCACACCGAACAAGUUCGAUGGCAACUACUAUAUAAAUCUACAGAACCACAGAGGGCUUUUCACAUCCGACCAGGAACUCCUGUCGGAUCCCAACGCGACGACGACCGCCUCGAUUGUAAACAAUUUCGCCGGCAACCAGCGCGCAUUCUUCAAUAGCUUCGUGCAGUCGAUGAUCAAAAUGGGGAAUAUUAGUCCCUUGACAGGGAGCAGUGGGGAGAUCAGAACCAACUGCAGUGUGGUGAAUAGUGGAUCCGGUUUGGAAUUGCAUAUUCAGAUUCGACACGAUUCAGACACGGGUUCAGCUGCAGAAUAAGAAAUUAAAAGAUAGGGUAAAUUGCAUGUUUGGUGCUCAACUAUGAGGUGGGUGACUUUUUGGUCCUCGAUCUUUAAUUUGUUGCAAUUUCUGUCACAAACUUUCCGAAUUAUCACAAGCAAGUCCUGCAACCCAAUUUAAUUAAUUAAAUAUUCAUAUAUCGCUAAAGUAGAAGUGAUAUAGCAUUGAUGUGAUUGACAAUACAUCAAUAAUUAAGAUGACACAUCACUUUUACAUCAGCGAUACAUCAACAUUUAAUUAACUAAAUUAGAUCGUAGAAUUUGAUUAUAAUAAUUCUAAAGGUAGAAGCCAGAAAUUACAACAAAUUAUAAUUUGAGGACUAAAUGGUCACCGGCUUCAUAGUUUGAGGACAAACAUGCAAUUUAUGGUAAGAAAUAUACAUGGUUGCUGAACUUAAAUCUAAAUUUCGAACUCUUUGUGAUCACAAUAAUAUGAUUUGAGACAUAUCCUCCUUUUUCUCUCUCU